AUGUGGUUCCCAAAGGGAAGAGGGUCGACAAAGAAAACUAUUGGAAAUGGGCUAGUUGCAGUUGCAAUCGACAAGGAUAAAGGAAGCCAAUAUGCUAUCAAAUGGGCACUUGAUAAUCUUCUCUCCAAGGGCCAAACUGUUAUAUUAAUCCAUGUUCUUCGCCAUAGCCAGAGCCAAGUUCAUGAUGUCAAUUCAUCAGCUUAUAAACUUCAACUUGAGAAGCAAAACAGAGAUCUCUUCCUCACGUUUCAUUGCUAUUGUACACGUAAAGAUAUACAUUGCUUCGAUGUGUCGCUCGAAGGCACGGAUAUUGCAAAAACACUAGCAGAAUAUGUUUCUUCUGCUGCAAUUGAGAAUUUGGUUCUCGGUGCCCCUUCUCGGCAUGGAUUUAUGAGACGAUUCAAGAUUGAUGUUCCCACGAGUGCAAUGAAAGCUGCACCUGAUUUCUGUAAUGUAUUUGUCAUUUCCAAAGGGAAGAUUUCUUCUAAACGAAAUGCUUCGCGUUCAGCCCCGGUGACCUCCCCUCUAUUGCAUCAACUAGAGUUCAAGAAGGAUCAUUCUGAAUCACAAGCUAACAACAAUAGGAGUUUGAGAGACAGAACACCCGUCAAGCCUCGUAUAUCGCAUGAAGGGUCUGUCAGGUCACCAUUUGCAGGAGGAGGAUUGCCAAGAAAGUCUUUCGGAGUCUUCUCAGAACUAGACAGUGAUAUAUCAUUCAUUAGCUCCGGCAGGCCGAGCACCGAACAUAGCUCUCCUAUGGUCUAUGAUAUCGAUUUAAGCCAACCCACAAGGCUAUCAACCAGCUCAGACCAAAGCUUUGGUUCAGAGCGUUUGGGAAUUAAAUUUAAUGACAGAAAUCCCCAUGAAUUCUCAUUUAUGUCACAGGAAAGUGGACGAACAUCAUGUUCAUGCUCAUCACAGAACGUGGAUGAAAUGGAAGCUGAAAUGAGGCGAUUAAAGCUGGAGCUAAAACAAACAAUGGAUAUGUACAGUAUGGCGUGCAAAGAAGCCCUACUAGCAAAACAAAAGGCCCAGGAACUCCAACGCUCGAGACUUGAAGAAGAGCAAAGAGUGGAAGAGGCUCGAAAUGGUGAGGAAGCUGCAUUGUCGCUUGCAGAGAAAGAGAAAGCUAAGUGCAAGUCUGCAUUGGAAGCAGCAGAAGCAGCGAAGAGAAUUGCAGAGUUGGAGGCGCAAAGAAGAUUGAAUUUCGGGAUGAAAGCCGAUCUCAGAUAUAGGAGAUACACUAUAGAUGAACUAGAAAUAGCAACAGAAUCCUUUUCCGAACAUCUUAAGAUUGGUGAAGGAGGCUAUGGCCCUGUAUAUAAGGGGUAUCUUGAUCAUACAGCAGUUGCAAUUAAAGUUCUACAUCCUGACGCCGCUCAAGGAAGGUCACAGUUUCAACGGGAGAUUGAAAUUCUUAGCUGCAUAAGGCAUCCAAAUAUGGUACUCCUUUUGGGAGCUUGUCCAGAGUAUGGCAUUAUCGUCUAUGAGUACAUGGCGAAUGGUAGCUUAGAUGAUUGCCUCUUCCACCGAGGGAAAACUGAGCCUCUUUCUUGGCAACUUAGGUUCCGAAUUGCAGCAGAGAUUGCCACAGGCCUUCUCUUUCUGCAUCAAACCAAACCCGAACCAUUAGUUCAUCGCGACCUCAAGCCUGGCAACAUAUUGCUAGACCAAAACUGUGUAAGUAAAAUCAGCGAUGUUGGAUUAGCCAGGCUUGUACCAGCUGUUGCGGAGAAUGUAACACAGUACAGAAAGACAUCAACAGCCGGGACAUUGUGCUAUAUAGAUCCGGAGUAUCAACAAACCGGCAUGCUCGGAGUAAAAUCAGAUGUUUAUUCACUAGGGGUUGUGCUUCUGCAACUGAUAACAGCGAAGCCGCCAAUGGGAUUGGCACACAAUUUUGGCAAAGCUAUCGAGAGUGGAACGUUGAGCGAAAUGCUGGAUCCGUCUGUGGCUGACUGGCCAGUGGAAGAAACACUUUCCUUCGCCAAGCUAGCGUUGCAAUGUGCAGAACUUAGAAGAAAAGACAGGCCAGAUCUCGGCAAGGUUGUAUUGCCAGAGCUGAAUGCACUGAGAGAAUUAGCUGAAAAAAAGAUGAGUUCAGUUUCGCUGGGCGGCAACAAUUAUUCAAUGACAAAGGAUGUGAUAAGUGAUACUCAAAUGGAAUCAAGCACGGCGUUGGCUAUUGAAAAACCCCCAGAACCAGCGGAAUAA